UUUACAUAGUUUCGCCUUUCUUCGAGCGAUUGAAGAGUAGGGUUCCUUUUGCUUCCGAUCGGUCGGUUUUGACUCUACUUUCCCUUCAAUCUGGUCUUGGAGGCGUUCCGAUGGAGAGGAUUCGAAGAGCUGCUCAUGCAGGAUCCUGGUAUACCGACAACGCUAAGAAACUAGAUGAGGAUCUUGAACGAUGGCUCCUGGCAACUCGUCUGACUAAAUGUCCUGAUGUUAGAGGUGUAAUUGCCCCGCAUGCUGGUUACUCAUAUUCAGGUCGCUGUGCUGCUUUUGCAUUUGCUAACAUUGACCCUAAAAGCAUUGAACGAGUGUUUCUACUUGGUCCGUCUCAUCAUUAUUAUACCCCAAAAUGUGCCCUUACAAAAGCCACUAUUUAUAGCACACCCUUGGGCGACUUGCAGGUUGAUUCUCAAGUAAAUGAUGAGCUCAAGGCCACAGGAAAGUUUGAACUUAUGGAUCUUGAUUUAGAUGAAGCAGAACAUAGCAUGGAAAUGCAUUUGCCUUAUAUUGCUAAAGUGUUCCAUGGUCACCCUGUGAAAGUUGUCCCCAUUCUGGUUGGUGCUCUUAACUCAGAAAAUGAAGCCAUGUAUGGACAACUGCUUGCUAAGUAUGUGGACGAUCCCAAGAAUUUCUUCUCCAUAUCAUCUGAUUUUUGCCAUUGGGGCUCUAGGUUCAGCUAUACAUAUUGUGAUAAGAAGCAUGGCCCUAUUUAUAAAUCCAUCGAGGCCUUGGACCACAUGGGCAUGGACAUCAUCGAGACUGGAGAUGCUAAUGCAUUCAAACGAUAUCUGAAGGAGUACGGCAACACAAUCUGUGGACGCCACCCGAUAAGCAUCUUCCUCCACAUGUUGAAGAACUGCUCGGCCAAGAUCAAAAUCGGUUUCCUGCAAUAUGAGCAAUCGAGCCAGUGCAAGAGCUCACGGGACAGCAGCGUAAGCUACGCCUCUGCAGCUGCUAAAUUAGACGACUGACGUAUCUUCACCCACCAUUUAAAUGAUGUUAAUCUAAUUCACGAUACAUUGAUGAAGAAAGGUUCGGGUAUUGCUACCGCACUGGAAGCUUAAGUUUAUCGAAGCAGUAUGUCCCUUUCUAUGCCGUGUAAUUGGAGACAAUGUAUAUUCAGUGUGCAUGUUGCUUCACUUGUGGUGUGAGUUAUCUUAACAAAAACAUAUAUCAAUGAAAACAAACUUUGAUUCUUAAA